UACACACACGCACAAAGCUCUCUCGCCUCGAGCGCACUAACGUGGCCGUUUUCUUUGUGUGGAGCCCUCGAGGGGGGUUGGGGCCCGGGUCCGGUCCGGGGGAGAUGGCGCAGCCCAUCCUGGGCCAUGGGAACUUGCAGCCCGCCUCGGCCGCUGGCCUGGCGUCCCUGGAGCUGGACUCGUCGCUGGACCAGUACGUGCAGAUUCGCAUCUUCAAAAUCAUCGUGAUUGGGGACUCCAACGUGGGCAAGACCUGCCUGACCUUCCGCUUCUGCGGGGGGACCUUCCCGGACAAGACUGAGGCCACCAUCGGCGUGGACUUCAGGGAGAAGACCGUGGAAAUCGAGGGCGAGAAGAUCAAGGUUCAGGUGUGGGACACCGCCGGUCAGGAACGCUUCCGAAAAAGCAUGGUCGAGCAUUACUACCGCAAUGUGCAUGCCGUGGUCUUUGUCUAUGACGUCACCAAGAUGACAUCCUUCACCAACCUCAAAAUGUGGAUCCAAGAAUGCAAUGGGCAUGCCGUGCCUCCACUAGUCCCGAAAGUGCUUGUGGGCAACAAGUGUGACUUGAGGGAACAGAUCCAGGUGCCCUCCAACUUAGCCCUGAAAUUUGCCGAUGCCCACAACAUGCUCUUAUUUGAGACAUCGGCCAAGGACCCCAAAGAGAGCCAGAACGUGGAGUCAAUUUUCAUGUGCCUGGCUUGCCGAUUGAAGGCUCAGAAAUCCCUGCUCUAUCGUGAUGCUGAGAGGCAGCAGGGGAAGGUGCAGAAACUGGAGUUCCCACAGGAAGCUAACAGUAAAACUUCCUGUCCCUGCUGAAACCAAAUGGUGUAAAUACAAGAGCAAUUAUCACUGGAGGUUUUUUUCUUUCCCUUUUUUCCGUGCCUGUGUAACACU